GAGGCACAGUACCUUAUGAUCCGCCGGUAACAACAAUAUGGCGCUUUUCCAAAGCGCUUUAAAUGCUUCUAGAGAGAAGAAUGUAUUGAGCAUCGAAUACGUUUAAUCGACGUUUAAAAAUAUAUAGAAAAGAAAGGACGAAUAAACUUAUGUAUGUCAUUUAAUUGUUUUAUAAAAUGAGCAGUUCCACCUUCGUUCUUGAUAAUGGAGCCAACACUGCAAAAGUUGGGUUAGCAUCUGACAACCCAAAAUUGGUUCCUAAUUGCAUAAUGAAAGCGAAAAGUGAACGACGAAGACCGUUCGUUGGAAAUCAAAUUGAAGAAUGUCGAGAUGCGUCUGGACUCUUUUAUAUAUUGCCCUUUCAAAAGGGUUACCUUGUUAAUUGGGAUGUUCAGAAAACAGUGUGGGAUUAUAUAUUUUCAAAGGAAUCGUGUCCUGUAAAUUUAAGUCACCUUUCUGUAAUUGUGACCGAACCAUUGUACAAUUUCUCCACUGUUCAAGAAGCUAUGACUGAGAUAUUCUUCGAGGAAUACGAAUGCCAAAGUUUACUGAGAAUCAAUGCGUCCACUCUCUCCUGUUAUCAGUAUAAGGCAGAAAAUCCUAACACAAAGUGCUGCAUAGUAGUUGAUAGUGGAUAUAGUUUUACUCAUAUAGUACCUUAUGUAAAUGAUACUAAGGUAAAGGAAGGUAUCAGACGCAUCGAUGUGGGUGGAAAGCUUCUUACGAAUCACUUAAAAGAGAUAAUAUCUUAUAGACAACUACACGUUAUGGAUGAAACUUAUGUGAUAAAUCAGGUGAAAGAGGAUUCUUGUUUCGUGUCUCAAGACUUUUUCAAGGAUAUGGAAAUAGCUAGAAGUAAAUUGGAGAAUAACCCCAUAAUCAAAGAUUACGUUUUACCAGAUUACACAACACUGAGACGUGGUUUUCUGAAAAAUCCUGAACCUCUUAACGAACAACAAACUUUACGAUUAAGCAAUGAAAGAUUUGCCAUACCAGAAAUAUUAUUUUAUCCCUCUGAUGUGGGUAUUCGACAAAUGGGUAUUCCAGAAGCAAUUAUGGAUUGCUUAAAAGCAUGCGACGAAGAAACAUGGCCUCACCUUUUGUCUAACAUCAUUCUUACCGGUGGAAAUGCAAAAUUCACAGGAUUUCGAGAUAGAAUUUAUAAGGAAGUGAGAAGCCUUGCUCCUGCAGAGUAUACUAUAAAUGUUUAUUUACCCGAGAACCCAAUUACAUAUGCAUGGUAUGGUGGCAAAACGUUAUCUAAAGAUCCAUCGUUUUCAAGUCUUUUAGUCACUAGAGAAGAAUAUGAGGAAGAAGGACAAAACCUUUGUUUCGAAAAAUUCGACGUUUAAGCGUAUUAAAUUUGAUAAACAAACUCAAAAUAUUUUACUUAUUUAUACGAUAACGCAUGAAGUUAUAUUGCACAUAUAUAACAAAUUAUUAAUCCAUAAAACUAUAUAUAGUAUCAUACGAGAAGGUACGUGUGACAUUAACGAGAUCAGUCUAUACACAUAGAAAUUUCAUUACAUCCUUCUACAGUAAUAUUAUAAAUAUUCAUUAGAUUCCUCGACAAUAAUCAAAAUAUUAUUUUCUCUAUGUUCAUUACUGAUAACAUUUAACCUACUACAACGCCUGCGAGGUCGCAAUGGACUGUUCCAAAUUCAAUUAGUGUUUUGUAAAAUAAUUAAGGAGAAACUAAAUAUUACUAGAUCCACAACGUGAUAUUGAAAUUGCGCACGCACAUGCGCCCUCUGCAGCAACGGCGUGACCACAAUCUACCAAAGCGCCGUCUAACAGUACAUAAAUUGAAAGAUAAGAACAAAAAAGUGAAUUACUCUGAAUUAUUUAUAUUUACCGUAACGAAAAUCCGAUCCUCGGUAUUCCCGUAUCGUUAUCGGAAUAUUUCUAACCCGUUCGAUUGAUUUUUCGAAAUAAGAAAAACGCAAAAUCGUACGAACUUUACCUGCCGUUUUAAAUAUAAAAAGGGGCACGCAGCGAAAAAGAUAAGCUAAGUUUAUCUACGAUCACCCGCUGGAAAUAGUCGAACUUGUACGACAAAUAACGUUAUUCCUCUUCGGACACAGAAGGGAAGGGGCGAAGACGAGCUUUCUUCGCGUAGGAGGUAACGAAGCCUCUAUCUAGUACGCAACGGUACUCUAAUCGUAAGAGAGUUUGUGAUUCAUGCGCGUCAAGCGUGCAUUGCGAACGAUACACAUAUAUCGUCGUUCAUCGAGGAGUGGAAAAUUGUGUAGGAUGGAAAUUCGAGCUUUCACAAUCUGAAUCGCGGUAUGCCUCGAAAGACAAUGGACAUGUAUCGGCGAUCGCGUUAAAGGUAUUCGACGAUCCCACGGAAUCGAGUGCGAUUUUUUUUCUCCCUCUCUCGGUAUAUUCGUGACAGAAAAUUCGGUUUGUUGACAGGUGCGCGUACAUUUUCUUUCCGUUUUUUGUUUUUCCCCGUUCGGUCGGAUCCCCGUUCGAUCCCUCUAUUUUCGGUGGACUAUUGCAGCCCUUAAACGACUUAUCCCCAAU